UGCCCAUAUAAAGAGUGCAAGCAUCAGCGAGAGUGGAGCAAAAUAGAACAAGGUUUGUGUGCUAAAGAAGUUAUCGAUGGAGAGCGAGGUGACGAUGCAGCUCGCGCUGCUACCGGGAGAGACGCUCGUGUGGCAGAAGGGACCCGGCGUUGGCAGCGGACGCUUCGGACAGGUUUCGGCGGCAUUGCGAUUGCCAAGUGCGGAGUUGCUCGCGGUUAAGCAGAUCUUCAUCCAAGAGGAGCUUGAGCUAGGCAACGACGUGAGCUCGCUCUCACUACAGCGCGUCCAAAGCUGGGAGCAGAUUGAGCGCGAGCUGGAUGUGCUGAGUUUACUACAGCGCCACGAACACCACAACAUCGUGCGCUUCCUCGGCAGCGAACGCUACGGACCGACGGUCAACAUGUUCAUGGAAUAUCUUCCGGCGGGUUCGCUGAGCAAACUGCUGAAGGAGUUCGGUCCGUUUGACGAGGAAAUGGUGCAGGUAUAUAUCCGUGAUGUUGUACGCGGUGUGGAGCAUCUGCACGAGUUGGGCAUCGCUCACCGCGACCUCAAGUGCGCCAAUUUGCUGCUUGCAGAUGACGGUGUCAAAAUUGCAGAUUUUGGGACAGCAAAGAGGGCGGUUGAGGAAGAACUGGGUGGAGUUAUUGCAGAGGAGGGAGCACAGGAGAAGUCGAUGGAGACAGCAAGAUCAGUGCGUGAAGGCUUGGGGUCGCCGUUUUGGAUGGCACCAGAGAUCGUUCGUGCUGAAAAAGGAGCGGAUUCCUGGCGUAAGGCGGAUAUCUGGGGAAUUGGAUGCAUCGUGAUUGAAAUGGCAACGGGGAGGCCUCCGUGGGUAAGCUUGUGCCGAGGUGCACGUGAUAUAGGCUUGCUAUUAUGGUUCGAUAACUUCUAUAUGCGUACUUAAAUACUGCUGAUCCGCAAAUUGCAGGAAAACCUGUCGAACCCACUCACCGCCAUGUUCCACAUCGCCUCCGUGACGACAAUCCCAGAGUUCCCGGCCCACCUGUCGCCCACAGCACACGACUUCUUGUUGUUGUGUUUCGAUAAGAAUCCAAACACUCGUGCAACGGCGACGGAGUUGCUCCAGCAUCCUUUCUUACGCAACGACGGUGAAUGCGACUGACUGGAGUUUCGUCAAGAGUUGAUAUCCGAUCUACUACGCUGCGUCUGCUUAUCAAUAAAUAGGCGACACGAACUGUGCAAUACACAAUGCAUGAUCUAUUUGGUCUCAAGUUUACCC